UCACUUCACAUCUAAUAUUUUUUGCCGUACGGCGUACACGUGUAUAUGUAUCUUAAUUCUAAAUUCCGAAAUAAUGCGAAACGUCAAUAAAUAAUCUAAAAUGAAAACAGAAGAUGUAAAUACAAAUACAUUCUGCAGCUCAAAAAUACAUAUUCGAAUAUGACAUGAUAUGGCUCGAUUAUUAUUAAUAUUGAAAUGUAAAGAAAUAUAACAGAAUUUCUUAUCCAAAUGCAACCUCCGUGCAGGAUUUGCACUCACCUUACUCCGCCGGCUGCUUUCAAUCCACGCACUUUGGAAAGCCGUUAUAAAUCGCCUGUCACAAGACGAAGAGAGUACUACGAGCCAAGGAGGUGUGAUGCGAAAGUCGGCACGAAUUCGAUAUACGGAUUUAAUUCACGUUUCUACAAUGUCGAUCGUCCUGUAAACAAAAUUCAAGAAUUAAAGAGUAGUGUUCCGAAUCCCGAUAGACCGAAGUGUCAUGAUGACGGGACGGAGGGUUUGUUAAAAUCGCCGCGAGAAGUCGAAAUGAAUGAUCUAAAGGACGCUCAUUGUGCAGUAGUAACAUGUUUACGGGAAAUGGAAAAGAUAAAGACAUUUCUGGAGGACGAGAAUUCUUGGUGGAAAAUUCUAAAGGGACGUACGAUCGAGUGUUGCCAGCAAAAGCUGCCGCAUCUCCACGGGGUUUUGGACGGAUCAUCUGUUACUUUAAUAUUGCUUGAAGAAGGCACGGACGAGGCUCCACGUCGUUUUGUAACAUCAAUACCGAAAAAACAAAAUAAUAUUGCCAGUUCAAAAUUCGGCACUUCUCGAAGAGACUUGACGAGCGAGACGAAGUCCCGAAUAGAACACAUGGACGAGUACGCGGAUUCUGACACAAUUCCACAUUACAGUCUCGAUGUAAAAUCAGCUUUGAUUGAAGUUACAAGUUCCGAUAUUAACAACCACGAACCGACCCAACGGUACGUUAAAAGAGCUGUUACGAGUGAACAGAGUAUUGUUGCUUCCGAAUUUUGGACGGACGGAAUACAAGAAGAUGAAAGCGAACAAAAAAUACCAGAGACAUCACAUAAAUCCAAAGAAAUACGUAACAGUACACAGCAUGAAGAUAAAGAAAAGAGGAUUGAUAGAUCAAUUGUGCCACCGAAAGAAAUACGAUACGGUCAGACCAGCCGGAUGUUCAAAGAUACAUUGAAGCCUCAAGAGGCAUUUAGCAAUGAAAAUAUCGAAAGCAAAAAGAACAUAACAAACGAUUUUGAAUCAAACGUGGAUUUAAGCACGGAGAUUCCGUCCAGAAAUGUGUCAAGUCAUAAAUCGAGAAUAAACACGAUCAAAGAUCGUGUGAAAAUUUCGUUACAUUCCAACAAAACUAACAACAAAAAUUUCAAGGUCUAAAAGCAGAGAUUAAUGUUUAGUAUAUGUAUUCAAAGAAACAAAUAAAUUUUACAUACCGAUA